AUGGAUGACCUCCCUCCUUUACCCUCGUAUGAUGAACCUUCCAAGUGGCUAAAAAAAAUAAAGAGGCAGCGUCUCAAAGGUGGAAAGACAUUUCGAACCCUGUGUAGGUUGCUUAAGACUGAAAUCAAGAGCAUGAUGUGCUGGUCGUCAAUCACUGCAGUUCUGGACUUUGUCGCACCGUAUUCAAUGCUGCGACUGCUUGCGUACCUGGAAAACCCAGACGAUGCCAUCCUUCAUCCAGCCCUGUGGGUGGCCCUGUUAUUUAUCGGACCAAUGUUGCGGUCACUCUGUUAUCAGCAAUACAUCUUCACGGCUACUCGACUUCUUGUUCGAGUCAAUGUGUCGCUGGUACAGGAGAUCUAUCAGACCGCAAUGCGGUCGUACCUGUACGAUGAUUCCAUCGUCGAAACUAGUACAGAAGAUCGCCCGAAGUCCUCUCGAAAGAUGAGAGAUUCCGCGAAAGGAGCACCAAAGUCUAGCCAAGCUAACAUAACCAGUUUGAUGUCGUAUGAUGUGGACGCCAUAUACAACUCGCGAGACAUCUUUUUCGUGGCCACUGCAGCCCCAAUAGCCACCACAGUUGCUGUGAUCUUCCUCUAUCGAAUGCUGGGGUGGCCAUCACUGUUUGGGGUCUCUGCACUUCUGUGUCUGUCUCCUCUCCCUGCCUUAGCCUCCCGUAGGGUUUCACGCAUCCAGAGAUCUGUGAUGCAAGCUACAGAUGUUCGACUCUCUAAAAUAUCCGAGUACUUGAACUCCAUACGAACUCUGAAAUACUUUGGGUGGGAGCAUGCUGCAAUGAAAUCUAUCAACGAAGCUCGAGGCGUGGAACAACGCCGCCUCUGGAAGCGGAGUGUGUAUGCUGCUGCCAUUUCAAUGGCGGGCGACCUGUUACCGAUGGUGAGCUUGCUAGUCAUGUUUUCUGUCUUUGUGCUAUUCACAAAUGACACCUUGCGAGCCGCAACGGCCUUUACAUCCCUGUCGAUCAUGGAGACCUUGCGCUCCCAAUUCGUCUGGCUGUCAAACAUCAGCAGAGCUUCUGCCCAAGGAGCAGAAUCGCUGCGGCGAGUCGACCGCUUCUUCGAUACUGCAAGGGAAAUCAAACAACACCCCGAAGGGCCAUUGGAGCUUAAGAAUGCAACAUUUCGCCGAACCCCUAUUGCUGCUUUUAGAUUACAUGAUGUUUCGGUUCGCUUCAGGCCGCGUGCCCUGAACGUAGUGACAGGCCCCACUGGAAGUGGAAAGACUUCUUUAUUACUUUCUUUGCUGGGAGAAACUGUACUCGAAUCGGGAACGGCCUCCUGUCCACGAGAUGUGGCUUAUGUACCACAAGCUCCCUGGCUCCAGAAUGACACGAUUCGGGAAAACAUCACCUUCUUCAGCCCAUUUGACAAAGCCCGCUACAACGCAGUUGUCGAAGCGAGCGGUUUGAUUCAAGACCUCCAACAGCUGCCGGCUGGAGAUGCUACUAUCGUGGGCGAAAAGGGUACGUCACUUUCCGGUGGCCAAAAACAACGAGUAUCCUUGGCGAGGGCUUUAUAUUCGCAAUCCUCCACACUCCUACUGGAUGAUAUCUUCUCUGCACUUGACACUCAUACCACUACGCUGGUUUACGACAAGUGCUUCCGUAGUGGCCUGCUCUCAGAUAGAACGGUUGUUCUUAUCACACAUUACUCAGCCGCUCUGCAGGAUGCCGAACUGCUUGUACGGCUCGAUCAUGGCAAGGCAUCUACUGUAGAAACACCUUGGAGCCUUCCCCAAGCCCUUCUGCAGCGUACGCGCUGCAGUACACCCGCAACCGAUACAGAUUCCAUGUCCUUAGGUAACCCGCCAAUAGUAGAAGAAUCCCUUGAUGCUCCUUCAGAGCCUACAACCACCAUUGCCCCUGCACACGAGCAGCAAAGUCCACAGGUAGGACGCAUAGCAAAGGAAACCUCAGCGACUGGGCGUGUGCCGCGCACCUUAGCCCUACAAUACAUUCUCUUAUUCGGUGGACCUUGCUACGCACCGCUCGCAAUGGCUGUAACAAUCGCAGUGCAAUUUGCUUACUUUGCGAUCACCUACUGGCUCUCUAUUUGGAUGGGUGCAUACGAAAAGUACGAGAACCCAAAUUCCCUCUACUAUUUAGGGGUCUACGCCGCAGCGAUCAUCCUCUUCCUGUUGCUGCAGCUCAGUGGCAAUCUCCUCUAUCAGUACGGAAGUUGGAUAGCUGCAAAGAAGAUGCACAGGCGGCUAGUGACCGCGGUCCUAUCCGCCCCCAUUUCCUGGUUCGACCAGAAUCCAAUCGGACGGCUGAUUAACCGGUUUGGAAACGAUACCCGGUCUCUAGACACAGUUUUGAUAGAUUGGCUGCGGAUGUCAAUCGAGAACGGGUUGCGUUUCUUGCUUCGCAUUGCCAGUGUUGCCUCGAUCAUGCCUAUCUUUGCUCUUCCGGCGGCUGUUAUAUGCACUAUUGGGUUCGUCAUCGGAGAGAUGUACACGCGCACUCAAGUCUCCAUCAAGCGGCUGACAUCCAUCAACUACUCUCCUGUGUUUUCACAUUUUACUGAUUCUCUGUCCGGCCUGUGCGUGAUUCGUGCCCGCAAGGAUAUGGAUCUGGUAUUCCAGCGGCUACUCGCCGAGAAGCUGGCUGUCCAUGCCCGCUCCGCAGAAACGCAAUAUAAUUGCAACCGUUGGAUAUCCGUCCGCUCAGAUUUAUGUGCCGCGUCCGUUGCAGCCGCGGCGGGCUGUGUGGCCUAUUUUUGGUCCGGACCAGCAGGGCUGGUGGGCUUCUCAUUGACCAACGCCAUUGGCCUCAGCCAGAAUAUCCUGAACUUAGUACGAACAAUGAACGAGCUGGAGGUCGAGCUGAACUGUUUCCAGCGGGUGCGUGAAUACGCGGAUAUCGAGCCAGAGGAGCACCUGAGUGAAGACCAAGCAAAAUCCUCAGUCGUCCCAGCCAGCUGGCCUACAUCCGGCCGUGUCGAGUUUCACAACGUCACCGCGCGAUACCAGGAAGAAGGGCCAGACGUCCUACGCAAUGUGUCUUUCGUCGCGAAUCCAGGGGAGCGUAUUGGCCUCGUCGGCCGCACAGGAAGUGGCAAGAGCACCCUUGGACUAUCCUUACUGCGAUUCGUGAACAUCGCGUCGGGCCAGAUAACCAUCGACGGAGUCGACAUCACCAAGAUCUUCCUGAACCGGCUUCGCGCUAGCGUAACCUUGAUCCCGCAAGAACCAGUCCUCUUCUCCGGGGAUGUUCACUCGAAUCUCGACCCAUUCGGCGAAUCCAGCGAAACAGAACUUGCCUCUGCCCUGGGAGCUUGCACCUCCAUCCACGUCCCUGACGGCAGCGACCAGACGGACCACGCCCAUCCCGCCAAAACGACCCGCCCUCUCACUCUGGAUACGCCUGUGGCGGCUAACGGCGAGAACUUCAGCCAAGGCCAGCGUCAAGUGCUCAGUCUUGCACGGGCCAUGUGUCGACGAUCCAAGGUCGUGCUGUUGGACGAGGCGACGGCGUCUGUCGAUCAUGAAACGGACAUGCAUAUGCAGCGUGUUCUGAGGGAGAUGUUCCCCGAUUGUACCAUCAUCGCUAUUGCGCAUCGACUGAGGACUAUUAUGGAUUAUGAUCGGGUACUUGUUAUGGUUGACGGGGAGAUUGUUGAGAAUGACACGCCCGCCAACCUCGUCAAGAAGGAAGGUGUCUUCUGGGAUAUGUUACGCAACACAGGCGAGUAUGAUGAGCUCGUUCAAAUGAUUGAGACAAAGCCUUCUACUUCGUGA